CGCCUCUCUGUUCACGAAUCGUCGUCACGCAUGCAUUGGUCGUCCAUUUUUCGUAAGAGUUCGACAAAAAACUGAAAAUUACAUCGCAAAAAGACAGAAAUUUCACAAAUCAUAUCUAUUAUAAGAAUUUUGAAACCGUAGCGCAGUGCAUUUCAGUGGCCUUUAAAAUACUGCUCAACUCAAUAAGCAAUAGCAAUAUAAAUUAGUUUUACAAUUCAACUGCAACUGUGAAACGUUCGUGCGCGUAUGUACAAAAAAAAGUAAAUAAAACGCGUGUGAAGUGGUGCAGAAAUUGUAGCGGAAGCAAAUAUAAAUCAAUCGAACGCUUCCAACAAACCUGUGUGGCAAUAAAAAGCAACAAAAAUAUAAUAAAAAUAAAUAUUAUAUUAACUAAGCAAUUACCAUAUAUUUGAAAAUAUAUUUAUACAUAUAUACAUAUAUAGAAAAAGAGAGUUAACAUAGCUAUGGCAUGUGCAACACUUAAACGCGCCUUGGACUGGGAGUCGUUGAAUCAGCGCCCCACGAAACGUCGCCGCUGCAAUCCUUUCGGACAAUCGGGCAGCAAUUCGCCUUCACGUAGCGGCAACAGCAACAAUAACAACGAUGCAGCUAACAGCAGCAACAGCUCGACAACGCCCAGCAAUCGCUUCGCUAAGGACAGCAAUGAACCAAGUCCAUUCUCCGAGUCUGCCUUAUCCAAGAUGUCACCAGACAAAAUGGCUGAGAAUUUGUGCAAUGAAAUCAAAAGACUGCACAAACGUAAACAAUUGCCCAUUACAUCCAGUGCACUGGAGCGUAUGCAGGACUCGGAAUCGAGCGGCUCAGAAAUGGGACCAGAGAGUCCGCAUCGACCGGAUAGCCCGCCGAGUCAUUUGAUGAUGCGCCAUCAUGGCGAAAAAGCAUUGUUCACAUUCAAACAGGUGCAGCUAAUAUGCGAGGGCAUGAUCAAGGAGCGUGAGGAUCAACUGCGCGAACGUUACGAAUCGGUGCUAACCGCUAAAUUGGCUGAGCAAUACGAUGCUUUUGUCAAAUUCACAUACGAUCAGAUCCAGCGUCGUUACGAGGCAGCGCCCAGCUAUUUGUCGUAAGGCAGCCUAAAUUCUCACUACGAUCUUAUGUGACGGUUUUUCAGCCGCAAACAACAGCAACA